UAAUAGUGUGUAAUAGUGUGUCAAACGGUAUAAUACAAACACAAUCACACUAUACGUACAACAUAUGACUUACUGACCAAUAAAACAGUGAUUGUAUUGAUUGUCAACAAAAUAAUUGUCAUAUAAUAUGAAUGCCAUUAAAGUAUUGAUUGAAUUGAAUGAACAAAAGUUUACGAUUUGUGUCGUCGAUAAUAGUCAUCACUUGACUAUAAAGUCGGUAUUGGAUCAGUUGAACCAACAACACAAACAAUUAGUCCAUUUGGACACACAUUCAGUUGAGAUCUUUGACCAUCAAAUUAAUCAAUUCAUUUGUAUGGCCACUGAUGACGAUAUUAUCGGCAAUUUGGCACGUCUUCGGGUCAAAAAACGGGACAACAAUCAGAUUAUGAAUAACGAGUUGACGACAAACCAACAAAAGGUUGAAUACUUGAGCACUAAAAAUGAUUUAUCGGUCCAUAAGAUGUCGACGACUAAGCAAACGUUAAAUGACUUUGAAAUCAAUGAUUUCGAUGAUAUAACUAAUUAUAUGUUGAAAAAGCGGUCUAAUUCUGAAAAUAAUGUAUUUAAUGGUAACAAUGAUUUGGUAUCCGAUAAGACUGUCGACAAAUUAAUAGGCGAUAGAAGUGGUGACCAUAAUGUCGGAAAAGACGAUACGAUUAAAGCUAAGACCUAUAAUGGCAACAAAGGAGUCAUACAAAAACGUAAUUUCAUAAAUUAUUUGGACAUUGAAUUGACUUCGGUUUAUAAGAUGACCACCGAUUUACCACAUUUGCAUUACAAGACAUAUGAGACCAAAAUUGAUUGUAUGUCUGUCAUUGCCAUCAGAUUUCGGGCUAUAGAUUAUGACUCUAUUUGUUUGUUGAUUGAUUUAUUGGACAUUAAUAGACGAUGUUUUCAAAUGAAUGCAUCUAAUAGUUCGGCAGAUGUUAGUCUAAAGUGGAUCACAAUUUCCAUUCAAAUGGUUAAUAAUGGCUUCAAGAAGUGGUCGCCCGACAAAUGUAGAGACGCCUUCAGAUCAGCUCUCAAUUUGUAUAAAAGGACAUUGAACUCGUGUCCAGAUCUGAAUACCGCCAAUAAAGUUAAUCCAUUGUUUUCGACAUUUUAUUGGUUUGAUCUAAAAUUUAUUGUCAAUUUGCGAGAAUUCAAUGAAAUCCGAGACCUAAGACAAGAGUUUAAUAGAAAACUACAAAACAGCCGACGUUUUAAAUCUGUUUCACGAAAGUAUCCGUCAAAUGUUUCGCUGAAUAUUUCAUUUUCAGUCAAUGACCACAAAAUACACAACAGAUUUAACUCAAAUCAUUCAUUGACUAGUAAUCGAUCAGAUUUUGACCGAAAUUACCGAAACAAUGUUCAAGCAAAUCGUGGCCGAGAUUUAGCUUAUUCUAAAGCAUCAAUGAAAACUGCAAGCAAUGAUACGGGAAAAAUGAAAAAGAUAUCUAAUUUACCGAAAACUCAAAUCAUUGAGUUUAAAGCAUUGGCCAAAUCUAUUACAACAAUUACUGGAAAGUUUGGUGGCAUUACAAAAGCUACAAACUUUUGGCAAUUGGUUUCCAAUCAAAUGUUUGUCAACGGUUUCAAGCACUUUGACUCCGAUACAUGUUAUUUGAUUUUCAGAGAGUUUGUCUGCGAUUAUUAUGGAUUGGUAUUGAAACUAUCGAAAAGCUAUAAAAAUGCCGUUAAAACGUUUGAGUUGUUUCCACUAAUUCAUGCAAUGGAUUUGCAACCAUGUCUUACCUAUCAAUCAUUUGAUAGGAUUAAGAAACUGAGAGAUGAUUUUGCUAAUUAUACCCGUCCUAUCAAUUUUACAUAUUUUUAUUAA